AUGGAUUCGGUGCCUUCGAAUUCCCAUGGAAAUCUCGAUGAACAGAUUUCUCAGCUCAUGCAGUGCAAACCCUUGUCUGAACAAGAGGUUAGGGUUUUGUGCGAUAAGGCGAAGGAGAUUUUGAUGGAAGAGAGCAAUGUCCAGCCUGUAAAAAGUCCUGUUACAAUCUGUGGUGAUAUUCAUGGGCAAUUCCAUGAUCUUGCAGAGCUUUUUCGCAUUGGAGGGAAGUGUCCAGAUACAAAUUACUUGUUUAUGGGAGAUUAUGUUGAUCGUGGCUAUUAUUCUGUCGAAACCGUAACGCUUUUGGUCUCCCUUAAAGUGCGUUAUCGUCAGCGUAUCACUAUUUUGAGGGGAAAUCAUGAAAGUCGUCAGAUUACUCAAGUUUAUGGAUUUUAUGACGAGUGCCUACGGAAGUAUGGUAGUGCUAAUGUUUGGAAGAUGUUCACUGAUUUGUUUGACUACUUCCCGUUGACAGCAUUGGUUGAAUCUGAAAUAUUUUGUCUUCAUGGUGGGUUGUCCCCGUCUAUUGAAACCCUUGACAACAUUCGUAAUUUUGAUCGCGUGCAAGAAGUUCCCCAUGAGGGACCCAUGUGUGAUCUUUUAUGGUCUGAUCCGGAUGAUCGCUGUGGUUGGGGUAUCUCUCCUAGAGGUGCUGGAUACACUUUUGGCCAGGACAUAUCUGAGCAGUUUAACCAUACCAAUAAUUUGAAGCUGAUUGCUAGAGCUCACCAGCUGGUUAUGGAAGGAUAUAACUGGGGUCAUGAUCAAAAGGUGGUUACCAUAUUCAGUGCACCUAAUUACUGUUAUCGCUGUGGGAACAUGGCAUCGAUCCUUGAAGUUGAUGACUGCAAAGGACACACAUUCAUUCAGUUUGAGCCAGCUCCAAGGAGGGGAGAGCCAGAUGUAACUAGGAGAACCCCUGACUACUUCCUAUGA